UUUUUACAAAGACGAAGAAGAAGAGAAGCAAAACCAAUUUGAUAGGACGAACGAAUCGUUCUUCCUCCUCUUAAUCUUGUUCAUCAAUUCCGACACUUUUAAGGGUCUUCGUAUUUGCCCGAACGAUUCAAGGGAAAAAAGAAAGAGGUGAACCAUUCUCAACAUAAAUUUGUUGUUUAGGAGAUGUAUGUAAGAAUUAUAAGUUCUUGAAUUUAAAUCGUGGUCAGAAGAAGUUUUUGGAUUCUCUGUUCAUCCUGAGAUAGAGAGAGAGAUAUAUAUAUAUAGAGAGAGAGAUGGAGGAGGAAGAGUAUGUUAUGAUUGAUCUUGAUGACGUUUCAAGGCACAUUGACAUUCCAUCAGAUGCUCCUUACACUUUAUCAGGUUUGGAUACUUUGAAUCCGGUGUUGACCAUUGAUGGCAAAAUCAAGCUGGUUGGAGAAUAUAUUGAAACGAUUGGUACAUGCCUUGCUUUCUCUGAAAAGGAAGAAGUUUCAGCGAGUGAAAACCAGAUGCCACAGAAGAAGAAGAUAGUUGAACCUGUUGCCAAACUCCAUAAGAUUCUUAAGUUUAGGUUAGCAGCAUUAGACAAUGAAGAUGGAGAAACAAACAAUUUGUAAGAGUUUUUCCAUUGUUGGCAUUCUUAAAGCAGCAAUCAAAUGAGAGGACAAGCGUGAGAUUCUUAUCUGUGAAACUAUAUCUUUGUUUUCUCACAUUGCAAAAUCUAGAAACAAAGGUAGACAUCACCAAACUAUUCCAUUCAGAGACAAGUUCAUCUGCUAAGAAUGGGAUGGUUUUGUACACAAUCACAUUCAUAGUUAGAGAUUCCAACUUCA